UACAUUUUUUGAUGAACCAAAGUAUGAAAAGCAAUAUUAUCCACAUAUCGAAACAGUUGAGGGAGAUGAAUUUGGCCAAGCCCCAAAGUUUAACGACUAUGCGGAAAAGCCUAAGAGUCCUCUUGUAAAAAGUAAAACUCCUGACAGCAAGAAAUUAGAACCAUCUCUUAAGUGGAAGGCUACAACGGGCACUCGAGAAGGCAAAGCAGCAAGAAAAUCUGAUGAAAAAGAAAUCAAGCAUGCCACUCCAGAAAGCAAGAAAAGACCCUGUGGAACACCAACUGCUUCUCUUAAAAGUAAACUUCCACUGAAAAGUGAAGAGGCAAGUGAAAGUUCUUCUGAGAGUGAAGAAGAGGAUGAAGAGCCUGAACGCCAUCAGGAAAUUAACACUGAUUUGCCAUCAGAAUAUUGGCAGAUUCAAAAAUUAGUGAAAUAUAUAAAGGCAGGUAACCAGACGGCUACUGUAAUUGCAUUAUGUUCAAUGAGAGAUUUCAACUUGUCUCACGAAACGUGCCAGUUGGCAAUUAGAGAUGUUGGAGGUCUCGAAGUGCUGAUUAAUUUACUUGAUACUGAAGAAAUCAAAUGUAAGAUUGGUUCAUUAAAAAUCCUGAAGGAAAUUAGUCAAAAUGCUCAGAUAAGACGUACAAUUGCUGAUCUUGGAGGACUGCAGAUCAUGGUUAAUAUACUUGAUUCUCUAGAUCAAGAUUUGAAGUGUUUGGCUGCUGAAACAAUAGCUAAUGUAGCUAGGUUCAAACGAGCCCGAAGAACAGUCCGUCAAUAUGGUGGAAUCAAGAGACUGGUUGGGUUGUUAGACUGUUCUGCAAGUCUCAAUCAGCUUCAGGGAAAGGAAAUUGAAGUAGCACGCUGUGGGGCUUUGGCACUAUGGAGCUGCAGCAAGAGUUCUAGGAAUAAAGAAGCAAUCCGUAAAGCUGGAGGCAUCCCCCUGCUGGCUCAGUUACUGAAGUCUCCUCAUUCAAAUAUGUUAAUACCUGUAGUAGGAACUUUGCAAGAGUGUGCCUCUGAGCCCAGCUACAGACUAGCAAUCAAACAUGAGAAAAUGAUUGAAAAUCUUGUGAAAAAUCUGAACAGUGACAAGGAAGAAUUGCAAAUGCAUUGUGCCAGUGCAAUCUUUAAGUGUGCUGAAGAUCAAGAGACUCGUGACCUCGUUAGGCAACAUGGAGGCCUGAAACCUCUUGCUACUUUAGUUGCUAAUUCUGGAAAUAAAGAACUUCUGGCAGCAGUGACAGGAGCAAUCUGGAAAUGUGCAAUCAGCAAAGAAAAUGUGACAAAAUUCCGGGAAUACAAAGCCAUAGAAGCUUUGGUUGGCUUGCUAACAGAUCAGCCAGAAGAAGUUCUUAUAAAUGUGGUAGGUGCCCUUGGUGAAUGUUGUCAGGAACAAGCCAAUCGGACCAUUAUCCGUAGAUGUGGUGGAAUCCCAUCUCUUGUUGCCUUACUCACUGGAACCAAUCAAGCUCUUCUUGUGAAUGUGACUAAAGCCGUGGGAUCUUGCGCAGUUGAACCAGAAAAUAUGUCGAUAAUUGAUCGCUUGGAUGGUGUUCGCUUAUUAUGGUCAUUGUUGAAAAAUCCUCACCCAGGUGUUCAGGCCAGCGCAGCCUGGGCAAUUUGUCCUUGUAUUGAAAAUGCAAAGGAUGCUGGUGAAAUGGUUCGUUCAUUUGUUGGUGGUUUGGAACUAAUUGUUAAUCUUUUAAAAUCUGAAAAUAAAGAAGUUUUGGCAAGUGUGUGUGCUGCAAUCACCAACAUAGCAAAAGAUGAAGAGAAUUUAGCUGUUAUAACAGAUCAUGGUGUUGUUCCUUUAUUAUCCAAAUUAGCGAAUACAAACAAUGACAAAUUAAGACGGCAUUUAGCUGAUGCCAUUUCUCGCUGCUGCAUGUGGGGAAGUAACAGGAUUGGUUUUGGAGAUACCAAAGCUGUUGCCCCUUUGGUACGUUAUCUGAAAUCAAGUGAUCCAGAAGUUCACCGAGCUACUGCACAAGCAUUGUAUCAGCUGUCAGAGGAUCCCAACAAUUGCAUUACCAUGCAUGAAAAUGGAGUCGUGAAGCUUCUGCUGGGUAUGGCAGGCUCUACGGAUGAAACUCUUCAGGAAGCAGCAGCUGGUUGCAUAGCAAACAUCCGCAGGCUGGCUUUGGCUACAGAGAAAGCUAAGUAUGGCUGAAACUCCAAGCAGCUUUUAUCAGGGCCCUGUCAGCUUUUUCUGUCUAAUGUACUGUAUGCUAGCUCAAAUUGAUGAGCAAAUGAUGAUUGAGAAUGUCUCCGAAAUCUAUAUUUUCAGUUAUUUGUGCUAGUGUGGCAUACCUAAUCAAAAAUAAAUGUAUGCAAAAGUGAAAUAUAAAGUCAAAAGGUGUAUGAUAUUUUAGCAUUUGCCUUCAUUACUGUAUUUUAAAAAAUAUUUUUAUUUUAUCACUUCCACUGGAUAUAUUUGGCAUAAUCCAAAUAUAUCACUAUAUGUCCAAAAGUGUUAUAAAUCUAAUAAUGCUUCCUUCUUGUUUGGAAUGCUAUAACAAAUGUAUUUCCUUUCAUUGUAUACGGCUGUACAAUUUCUCACUAAUGUGUUGAGCUAAGUCUGUCUAAUCAUUCCAUUAUUAUGAUUUUCCUUAGUUAAGUGCUCAAAAAUAUCAAGAAAACUAUAUUCAUAUAGGCCAGUUUCAUAUCUGGAACUAUACAAGGACUUCAAACACAUCUGCUUUUCUACACACUCCCAACAUUCCCCCAAAUUCCUGUACUUUAAUACUACCUGUCCUGUACCAACAAGAUCAAUUAAUUUGAUUAGAAAUACAUAGUGAUCCAAAUACAAGUUCAAGUCUUAAAACUCACAACUAGUUAUACUAAACCAAUUUAAAACAAAUAGGCAUUUUCUUCUUCAUUACACUAUCUUUGGUCAUGUCCAGUUUUUAACUCGUGGUACUGCUACACUGCAAAUCCAUGCUAGAUUCUGAUUAUCAAUUUUAGAAUCAUGGCUUUUUCCAAAGAAUGUUAAAAAUUACAAUUUGCAGAAGGUGUGUAUAGAUCGUUGUUCCAUGUUUCCAGAUUCCCUCAAACUUCCAACAUGCCUUAGGGCCUUUCUACCAGAUUCAGUCUGUGAUGUAGCCAUAUCCAUAAUUAACUUCCCCACGGAAGUAGUUGCUACUGAUAUAAUUACUGUUGACUAUCCUUUUCUCUAUAUUGUAUGUAGGGAAACUUAUAAAUAUCACUUUACAUUAGUGAUCCUUCCCUAAAGACUUCAGCCUUAUCAAAUAUGUCAAAUGGACUAUUAUUUGCAAACAUUAUUUUCUUUUUCAAUUGCAAUAAAUAUCUUUUCUUUA